CUCUCCUCCGCCUGCGUUGAUGACCCCCGUCAGCGUGGGAGAGUACCACGGGCUGAGGGUGGGCUCGGCCCUUCUCUGCAUCGUGGCCGGCUGCAUCAUCAUCGGCGUGUCCCGGGAGUGUGACGCCGACGCGGUGGGAGGAAUCUUCCUGGGAGCGGGGGGCCUGGGUUUGGUGAUAUCCAUCUUUCCCUUGGUAAAGGCGUGGGUUAACAUCAACCCUGUGCUGCCAACUCUUGGCAACUUCCGAGUUCACCCUAUCCCCUCAAAUACCACGCCGGAACAACCCGCAGAUACAAUGAGACGGGAAGGGACCCAGAGCCAGCUGAAUCCGGAACCUUCCAAGAGCCGGAUGGGGACCUUUGUGGAAGGUGGAGCAGCAGGAGAAAGCAACCCAGAGGAGGGGAUGUCCUCUGAUGGGCCAGACAUCUUGUCAAGGAGGAUAUUCAAGCAGUCUGUUACCGAACAGGAACUGCCAUGA